GGAAUCGGAAGGCAACAGAAGGAGCAACCGAAAUGGGGAAGAAGAGGAGGAGGGGGGAGGAGAAAAGGAGCAUACAUCCCCGGAAUAAAUACUCCGACAACCCGCCGGACUUUGGUCUUUUGGCGUCUCUCUAUCCUUCAUUUCAAUCUUACGUUUUCUACUCUCGAGAAGGUAAGCCAAGGAUUGACUGGAAAGACUUCAAUGCAACUCGUGAACUCACUAGGGUUUUGCUACUCCAUGACCACUCCCUCACCUGGUGGAUCCCUGAUGGACAGCUCUGCCCCACAGUACCCAACAGAUCUAACUAUAUACAUUGGAUAGAAGACCUUUUAUCAUCAGACACCAUUCCUAGAGAAAAGGAUGUUGUAAAAGGAGUUGAUAUUGGCACUGGGGCUAAUUGCAUUUACCCUCUCCUUGGUGCUUCCCUUCUUGGUUGGAGCUUCGUUGGAACAGAUGUGACAGAUGUAGCACUAGAAUGGGCCGAGAGGAAUGUUAAGAACAACCCACAAAUUUCUGAAUUAAUUGAGAUUCGAAAAGUUGACUUUGACGAGAAGUUGAGUGAUCAAAACACAAAAAAUGGUGAAAGUUGUAUGGGUAUGAGCAGAAAUACAGAGCUUUCAACUUCAUCCUCGGUUGACUUGUGUUCUGGUGAGAAGAAAAACUACCAUGGGCCUCCCAUACUUCUAGGUGUUGUCAAAGCUGGUGAGAAAUUUGACUUUUGUAUGUGUAAUCCUCCUUUCUUUGAGACAAUGGAGGAAUCGGGGCUUAAUCCAAACACCUCUUGUGGUGGGACCCCAGCGGAGAUGGUUUGCCCUGGAGGAGAACAAGCCUUUAUCUGUCGGAUUAUUCAAGAUAGCGUUCAACUUAAACAGUCCUUCAGGUGGUACACUUCAAUGGUUGGAAAGAAAUCUAGUUUGAAAAGUUUGAUAGCAAAACUUCGAGAGGUGGGAGUUACCGUUGUUAAGACAACCGAAUUCGUUCAAGGUCAAACAUGUCGGUGGGGGAUUGCAUGGUCUUUUGUUCCUCCCACCAAGAAGAUAAUAUCAUCUCACUUGGCAUCGAAGAAUGUCCUAACUUUCAUGCUUGAGGGAAUCCAACGUCAGUUCAGUGCAUUUCAUGUUCUCCAAUCAGUUGAAUCCUUCUUCCAAGCGAGUGGCGCAUCUUGUAAAUCAAAUGCUGCCUCAUUCCAUGUUGAUAUACGCGCAACCAUGUCUCACUGCAAAGAAAUCCUGAAGAACAACUCUAGCACUUUGAAGGAAACCGAGUGGGAUGAUGAAUCUAGUGGUUCACUUUGUUUGAGUUCCACUUCAGAUGAUUUGCAUAUCCGCGUAACAGUCUUUGAGCAGAUUCCUGGCACUCUUUUGGUUAGAGGAUCUUUGAAACCGGGAGAAAGCUCUUUGCCAGGGUUACUUUCGUCAAUAUUCCAGCAGUUGGAGGAUGCUUUGAGAAAAGAAUUCUUCCCAGAAAAGGUUUCUACACAUACCUCAAAAAAUCAUGCAUAACAUUUGACCCCUGUUUCGAUCAUCUUCUUACAUAUAUCAACUUUUUCUUGAUUAAUAUAUACAUCAGAAAGAAUUUUCAUCA